ACGUCCCCGGACGUGAUGACGCAGGCAGACGUCGGGGACGUGUCCCGCGUGCGGCGGCGGCGUCACGCAUCGCCCCGUCGCAAGAUGGCGGAGCUGGACUUGCUGGGCUCCAUCCUCAACUCCAUGGAGCGGCCGCCCGCCGCGGCCGACGGCGAGACGCGGCGCCGGGCGCGGGAACAAGCUGCUCGCAUGAAGAAGCUGCAGGAGCAGGAGAAGCGCCAGAAGGUUGAGUUCAGGAAGAGGAUGGAGCAGGAGGUGUCCCAGUUCAUCCAGGCCACGGGGGAGCCCCGGCGCCGCUUCCAGCCCAUGAGCAAGAUCGAGAGGAGCAUCCUGCACGACGUGGCCGAGGUGGCUGGGCUGACAUCGUUCUCCUUCGGGGACGACGAGGACAGCCGCUAUGUGAUGGUGUUCAAGAAGGAGUUCGCACCCUCGGAUGAGGAGCUGGAGGCGUACCGGCGGGGGGAGGAGUGGGACCCGGCCCGUGCCGAGGAACGGCGCCGCCUCCGGGAGCUGGCGGCACAGCAGGAGGAGGCGGAGCUCGAGUCUGGCCCCGCCCCCCCGGGCCCCCCCAAUGAUUACAAGGACAAAUACCGGCACCUUAUUGGCUGCGAGGCCGCCAAGGCCGCUGCCCGCACCAUGGAGGCCAACAAGGCCUACGGCUGUGUGCCCGUGGCCAACAAGUGGGAUCCCAUGGAGCCGCUGGGGGUCUCUUGGGGCAUCCUGGGGGUACCCAGGGAGAGUUUGGGCAGCCUGGGCUGUCCUGGGGAGUCUGGGGGUCGCUGAGGGUGUCUCCCGUGCCCCCAGUGCCCGUGCAACA